CAUUCUUAUCGGGAGCUAUUCUUAUCGUUACCCGUAGCGCCGAGGUAGUUUGUUCAUUGACGACGACCCGACCGUUCGUUCGUUCAUCCCAUGCAGGAUGAGGAACUCACAUAAACCAUAAACCCGCCAAAGCUUAUUAUUAGUACAUCCCUUUCUCAUUCAAUCGAGAGUUGUUACACGCGUCUUCCCCUGUCUUACAUCCCCUUUUAUUUUUCUUAUUUUUUUACACCCUCCCACCCCAUCUCAUAAUCCCUACGAUAUCCAGUUCACGUGAGACAACAACCUCGAAGAUGUCCAACAACUCCGGGAACCAGAACACGUCCGGCUUGCCGCCCUGCCCCUUCAUCUCAGUCACCACCCGCCCCAUCACCGGCCUCCAAGUCGACAUCUACGGCCUGGCCGAGCUCUCUCCCUCUGUGCACCACGUCUCCAUCCUCUGGCUUCACCACCAGCGCACAAGGAAUAAGGAGUCGAUGAGGGAUAUCGCCUCUCGUUGUAUCGCUGCUUGGAACAGUUUUUCUCAUCAUCAGAAUACGCAUUCCCCCCAUAAUACACCCCAAACGGAGAGGAGGGGGUUGAUAGCCAUUGCGUAUGACCAGAGGAAUCACGGGACGAGGUUGGUGGAUGACAGGGUGAAUGGGAGCUGGAGGGAGGGGAACGAGAAUCAUGCGGUGGAUAUGUUUGGUGGGAUAAGGGGGAUGGUGGUGGAUCAGGGGUUGUUGAUUGACGUGGUGGAGGGGUGCUUGUGGCCGAGGGGGGAGAAGAGGGUGGAUCAGCAUCUGGGGUUGGGGGUUAGUUUGGGGGGGCAUAGUGUUUGGGAGCUGAUGUUUGCGGAUAGGAGGGUGAGGGCGGGGGUUUGUGUGAUUGGGUGUCCGGAUUUUAUGAACUUGAUGAGCGAUCGGGCGAGGUUGUCAAAGCUGAGUACGUACUCUGCUCAGGAUGACGGGGCGAGUUUUCUGGGGAGUAGGGAUUUCCCUCCGAGCUUGAUCAAGGCUUGCAAUCAGUACGACCCCAAAGCUAUCCUCUUCGGCCCGCAUCCUGUCCCCGACCAGCCGCAGCAGACGAGGCAGGAGCUCAUCCGGCAAACCAUCCUUUAUGAACGCCUCCAAGGAAAGAAGCUACUUGUCUGCUCGGGCGGAGUGGACAAGUUGGUACCACCCAGGUGUUCAGAACCCUUCAUGAACUGGCUCAAAUCCGCGGCAGUGAACCCUCCGUCCCCAUCGUUCGAUAAGGAACAGCGAUUCUGGGUUGAUGAUAGGAUUUACCCUGGGGUGGGCCACGAGUUCAGCAGCGAGAUGGUCAAGGAUGCGGUGCAGUUUAUUGUCGGGGCGGUGAUGGGAGCGGGAGAGGACAGGUACAACCCCGAGACGAGGGAGGAGCAGAGGAGUGGCAGGGAAGGUUUUGUGCCUAGCCCAAAUAUUUGA